AUUGCUUCGACGGUUUGUUCUGUUGUUAACCUAUUUGUUUUUCCUUCUUCUUUUUUGUGGGAGUUUUUAGGUUCGUUGUUGCUGAAGGAAGUGGCGGAGAAGUACACGGAGGCGUUGUUGGAGAAGCACAAGUACCACCACGAGGGAGAUGUGGAUGUGAAGAUGGAGCAGAUGAAGCAGCUUUUCCUGGAGCUUUCUUUCGUUUGGACCAUCGUCCUCUCCACUUCUCUGCUUAUUUCUUCACUCGACCCAGUUCUCUCUUGUAUGAUAUUUUCAGUAUGUUCUAACAGUCCAAAAAUAUAUGGAGGCCUAAGCUACUCAACCAAUGAAGUCGGUACAGUUCUUGUUAUCUCAGGCACUGAUGACACAAAGGAGUUAUCCAUUUAUAGCAAAUUUAUUCAGAUUCCGGUAUGCGUUGCCCUGCUUUACCAUAUCAGCUUUUGCAUGGGUUGUGACAGUACUAUGCUGCUUCAUUCCGGCCCUGAUGAUACCGAUGCAAAUUAGUUAUCCGUUUAUAGCUAAUCUAACGGGUCUCAGUCAAAGCAUACUGUUGAACUGUGCAUCAAUCCUACUAAACGUUCUUAGUGUGUCUGCGAUAACCGGUUUGUUGAUUCUUCAAAAUAAAGCGGUGGAUCAGAACCAAAGAGGGGCGGCUAAUGGAAUUGCUAUGACUGCCAUGUCUCUUUUUAAGACCAUUGGACCAGCUGGUGCUGGCAUCUUAUUUUCUUGGAGCGAAAGGCGACUAGAUGCUGCAUUUCUACCAGUUAUAUGCACUAUGGGGCAAACAGUUCAAGGAAAUAUGAAGGUCUGAGCUAUUCAACCAAUGAUGUCGGUACAGUUCUUGCUAUCUCAGGUCUCGGCCUAUAUAUUCUCCUUUCAGGUUUUUUUUAUCCUUUGGCCCAGAGACUAUGCUAGGACCUGUGCCGAUUUAACUUCACUUUUGUUGUAUAAAAC